AUGCUUGAUGAUAAUAAUAUUAGCACAGUAAAAAAUAAUGUGAAAGAAUGCAACGAAAUUUUUUACCAUUUAAAAAGUACAUUGGGACCUUAUGGAAGAGAUAAAUUGAUAUUAGACAAAAAUAAUAAUUAUUUAUCAACAAAUGAUGGAGCAACAAUUUUAAAAUAUUUAAAGAUAAAGCAUCCAGCAGCACGUUUGUUGAUUGGUGUUGCAAAAAGUCAAGAUGAAACUGUUGGCGAUGGUACCACAAGUGUGGUUUUAUUAACUUGUUUACUAUUACAAAAUUCCUUAAAGUAUAUACUUUUAUCAAUUCAUCCAAUUAUAUUCAUUAAAGGGUUUCAAAUAUCAUUGGAUUUUUGUUUAAAAGUAAUCGAUGAAAUUAAAGUUUCACCAAUUCAAAAUAUUAGUGAUUUGGGUAAUGAAAAGGUAUUUGACAAUCAAGAGUAUUUAAAUCAUUUAAAUUCUAUUGCAUCAACAUCAAUAUCGUCAAAAAUUUUAGCUAGGUUUUCAUCUCAUUUUUCAAAUUUAGGUGUAGAGGCAAUAAAAAAGUUAAGAUUUAACCCGGUUCAAGACUUGGUUAGAGUUAUAGGUAUAACAGGGAAUUCAAUGCUAGAGUCAAAACUUAUUGAUGGUGUAUUACUAGAAAUUAAUAAUGAACAACUUAUACAUUACAGGAAUGAACAACAAAACAAUGGUGAUCAAUUUUCAAAUCAAUUUCAAUUAGUUUUAAAUAAACCAAAGAUUAUAAUCGGGAAGCUACAAUUAAAUGACAUUAGUUCAACUUUACAAAAUUUAAGUAUUUCAGCAGAUGCUUCAAUUAUUCAAGAGCUAGAAACAAGAGAAAUUUUAACAAAGUUUGAUUUAAUUUUUAAAUUGGGUAUUAAUAUUGUAAUUAGUGAUACUUUAUUACCGCCAUUGGUCGAGCAGCUUUUUAAAGACAAGGGUAUAUUAUAUUUUAACAUUCAAGAUAGCAGAGAAUUAGAAACACUUUCAUAUUGUUUAAAUUCAAAAUUAAUUUAUGAUAUCUCUCAAAUAGAGGAAUCAAAGUGCACAAGUCCUUCAAAACCCAUCGAAAUUCAAUCUAUUGGCGAUAAAAUAUUCUUACAAGUUUCUGGUGUUUCAAUUAAUUCUAAUGGUGCUACGAUGGUACUUAGAUCCCCAACAGACUCAAUGUUGCAAGAAUGUAUACGAUCAUUUAAAGAUAUGCUAAAUAUUUUAUCAUCAUCAGUCAGAAACCCAUAUUUAGUUGGUGGUGGAGGUUCAAUUUAUGUAGAGUUUGCAAAAAGAUUAAGAGAAAAAGCAACACAGAUUAUAAAAGACGAAAAAAUAUUAAUAGCGAUAAAUUGUUUUGCGGAUUCAUUAGAAAUGAUACCAAUGAUUUUAAUCGAAAAUGCAGGUUAUGAACCAAUCGAGUUAAUAGGAAAAUUAAAAUCUCAACAUAGCCAAUCAGGUAAAGAAAAUCAAUGGUUUGGAAUAGAUUUAAAUGAUGGUGAAAUAGUAGACAUGUUUAAAUCCAAUGUAAGAGAACCUUCAUUUUUAAUUUCAAAUAUUUUAACUUUAUCGAGCAGAGCCGCUCAAAUGAUUUUAAGAAUUAAUAACAAUAUCCUAAUCGAACCAAGAUCUCAAUAUCAAAUUAUAAAUAAUAGUCCACAAGAUAAUAGUUAUAAAGAAGAAGAGUUUUAA